GUCCCUCCCCGCUUCCUCCCAUAGGAUCAUGGAUUUAACGCUGCCACACAGUGGGGAGGAGUCGGCAGAGAAAGUGAAAGCAAAAAGCCUCACUUCCCCCAGCCCGCGGACACUUCAGUGCUUGCUGUACCCCAACUCUGCUCCAGCCUGGGGCUCCUCCCACGGCCCCAGCCAGCCCCGUGUGCCGGACCCCGACACUGAGGCCAUGGAGCCCGUUUGCCUGGUAGAGCCGGUGCCCAGCUCUGGUGCCCUGCGGGUGAACCCGGCCGCCCUGGGCCUGCUCCGGGGCCUCACCCGGCCCCUCCACGUCCUCGCUGUCUUCGGGCCCCGUGGCACCGGGAAAUCCUUCCUCAUGGACCGGCUGGCGGGGCAGGGCGAAGGUUUCCCCUGCUCUCCGGGGAUCUGGGUGUGGUGCCUGCCCCACCCGACUCAGCCUGACCAGGCCCUGGUGCUGCUGGACACAGAGGGAUUCCCCGAGCAAGAGGGCGACAAGACAAAGCUCUCCCAACUCUUCCUCCUGAACGUGCUGCUCAGCAGCGUCUUGGUCUAUAACACCAGGAGUGAGGGUGACCCCCAGAGGCAGCUCGACCGUCUGACGUACGUGAGGGAUCUGCCCCAGAUGGUGCAAGUGUUGGACGAGUGCUCCUGGGAGAACAGCUUCCUCCUGAGCAGCGUGCUGCCCAGCUUCGUGUGGUGCCUGCGAGACGUGGCACCCGACCCCUGCCUGGACGAGGUGCUGGAAGCCACGGGCCAUGAGCUGGACUCGGCUCUCAGCUCCCCGCAAGAUUUGGAGGACUCCCCAUCCAGCUGCGUACAGAGGUUAUUCCCCUGCCGCAAGCUGUUCCGUUUCUGCUCCCCCCGAGUGGAUGGAGGGCACGGUGAGCCGCCAUCUCCUGCAGACCAGCUGCACCCCACGUUCCAGGAGCAGAUGGGGUGUUUUAAGGACUACGUCCUGAGUCGGAACCCUAAGACCAUGGUGGGGAACAGAGUGGUGGAUGGGGCAUUCCUGGCUGAUUUCCUGGAGCGUGUCGUGGACCUGCUGUCCCGGGACAAGCCCGUUCUCUUGAGUGAGAUCUGCAAUGACCUGCAGCAGGAAGGCGAUGAUUACUCUGUGGGGUACCCAAUGGACCCCACAGGAGGCGCCCCACCCAGGAGAGCCGCAGCCAGCGAUGCCCAGCCUUCGGUGCCAGAGCCCAAGAGGGAGCGCGUGGUCCCACUGCAGGCGUUUCGACCCGCCCCGCCAGUCCUGGCCCAGGCUGCCCCCGGCACGGCACAGCCAGGCGCCAUGGAGGAGCCGAUGUGCCUGAUCGAGAACUGGCCAGGCGGGGAGCUGCAGCUGAACCAGCGAGCCCUGGGCCUGCUCCAGAGCUUCCGCCAGCCCGUGGUGGUGGUGGCCAUCGCCGGGCUGUACCGCACCGGCAAGUCCUACCUCCUGAACCGACUGGCUGGCAAGGACCGGGGAGGGUUUUCGCUGGGCGCCACGGUGCAGUCUCACACCAAGGGCAUCUGGAUGUGGUGCCUGCCCCACCCCCGCCGGGCCGGCCACACCCUGGUGCUGCUGGACACCGAGGGGCUGGGGGAUGUGGAGAAGGGCGAUACGAAGAAUGACGCAUGGAUCUUUGCACUGGCCGUGCUGCUCAGCAGCACCCUGGUCUACAACAGCCUGGGCACCAUCGACCAGUGCGCCCUGGAGCAGCUUCACUACGUGACGGAGCUGACGGAGCGCAUCAAGGUGAAAGCGGCAGGCGAGGGCGGCCAGCAGGAGGGGGAGGAUUCGGCCGAGUUCGUGCAGUUCUUCCCGGCCUUUGUGUGGGCCGUGCGGGAUUUCACGCUGCAGCUGAAGCUGGACGGGCGGGAGAUCACUGAGGACGAGUACCUGGAGAACGCCCUGAAACGCAGAGAAGGCCAGCCGGAGAAGCUGGAUCUGCCCAAGAAGUACUUGCGACAGUACUUCCCCUCCCGCAAGUGCUUCGUGUUCGACCGCCCUGCCCCGCGCUGCGACCUGCCCCGGCUGGCCGAGCUGCCCGAGACAGCGCUGAGCCCCGAGUUCCUGGAGCAGACACAGUGCUUCUGCAGCCACGUCCACCAGCACACGGGCACCAAAACCCUCCCGGGCGGCCACGUGGUGACGGGCACCUUGCUGGGGACCCUGGCGGUGACCUACGUCAACGCCAUCCGCAGCGGGGCGGUGCCCUGCAUGGAGAGCGCGGUGCUGGCCCUGGCCCAGAUGGAGAACUCGGCGGCGGUGGGGGAGGCCGUGGCUGUCUACGAGGAGCAGCUGGCCCGGCGGGCGGCGCUGCCCACGGAGAGCGUGCAGGAGCUGCUGGAGCUGCACGCCCAGUGCGAGCGGGAGGCGCUGCGGGCGUUCAUGGCGCGCGCCUUCAAGGACGAGGAACAGCAAUACCAGUGGCAGCUGAAGGACAAGCUGGACUCCAAGCGCUCUGAGCUCUGCCACCGGAACGAGCUGGCCUCGUCGGACCGGUGCACGGCCGCGCUCAUGGAGCUGUCGCAGGAGCUGGAGGAGCGGGUCUGCGAAGGGAGCUACUCAGUGCCCGGGGGCUACCAGCGCCUCCUGGACGACCAGCAGGAGAUGGUGGAGAAAUACCAGCUGGUGCCAGGGAAAGGGAUAAUGGCGGCUGAGGUGCUGCAGCAGUUUCUGAAGUCCAAGGAGACGGUGGCCCAGGCCGUCCUGCAGACGGACCAGAGCCUCACGGACAGACAGAGGGAGAUUGAAGAGGAGCGGACGCGAGCCGAGGCGGCCGAGCGGGAGGCCCAGCUGUGCCAGGAGAUGCAGACCAGGACAGAGCAGCUGCUGCAGGACCAGGAGCGCAGCCACGAGGAGCAUGUCCGGCAGCUGACGGCCAAAAUGGAGGAGGACAGGAGGCAGCUGCUGGCCGAGCAGCAGAGAGCGCUGGCCUUGAAACUGCAGGAGCAGGAGCGGCUGCUGCGCGAGGGCUUCCGGGGGGAGGUGGCGCAGUUGGGGAGGCAGAUGCAGAACCUGAGGAAGGAGAUGAGCCGGCCCCAGCGCUCCCGCUGCGUCGUCUGCUGAGAACAGAGACCCAGAGGGACUCGGGGAGCUGGGCUGGGCUGGCUCCCCUCCCACCAGCCUGUCUGACACGUGGAGGAUGCUGGCCAGAGCCAACCACUAGGGUCGUUGUACAUUUGUAGGUGGGGGGCUUCUGGCUUUGCACUAAGUAAUGCUUGUUGUUUACUGAGGAAAGCUGUACACACUGGUGUGUUAUUGUAGGGUCUCUCAUAAACACCAGAGCUGCUGCUGGCUCUGGUGUGUUAUUGUAGGGUCUCUUGCAAGCCUGCUGUUGCUGCAUGCAGUGCUGUGUUAUUGUAGGGUCUCUCAUAAACACCAGAGCUGCUGCUGGCUCUGGUGUGUUAUUGUAGGGUCUCUUGCAAGCCUGCUGUUGCUGCAUGCAGUGCUGUGUUAUUGUAGGGUCUCUCAUAAACACCAGAGCUGCUGCUUACCCUAGAGUGUUACUGUGGGGUCUCUUACGUAUUGGGCCCUACCAAAUUCACAGUCCAUUUUGAUCACAGCCAGAGGGUUUUAAAAUUGGUCAGUUUCAUGUUUUCAGCUGUUUACAUCUAAAAUUUCACAGUGUUAUAACCACGAGGGUCCCAACCUAGAGGUACCCAGAAGUGGGUCUGAUCUUUCCCCCAGAGUGGCCAUGCAGGGGAAGGACAAGUCGCGUCCCACCCCAGCCAAUCUCGGGUUUGCAGCUGGAGCCCCCCAGCUGGGGCGCUCCCAGUAGCCCGGGGGAGAUCAGGGCUAUUUCACGGCCCAGGACACGUUUUUCACGGCUGUGAAGUUGGUAGGGCCCUACUUAUGUAUGCUGCUGCCUCUGGUGUGUUAUUGUAGGGUCUCCUUUAAACUCUGGUGCUGCCAUGUGCCCUGGUGUGUUAUUGUAGGGUCUCUCCUGUGUUACCAGCUUUGCCUGUUACUUUGGGGUAUGUUUAUUGAAUGCAUCCGAUGAAGUGAGCUGUAGCUCACGAAAGCUUAUGCUCAAAUAAAUUGGUUAGUCUCUAA